CGAGUCUCGCCUCUCUCACAGGUCAGUGUGGAUUCCCACUUCGCGCGGAAGGGUCUGUGUCGGUCGCGGGCUCAUCUGUGUGCUAGUGUGUGGAUACGUGGCCGUGUGUGCGGUGUUUGCUCUCGCCAGUGCCAGUUGACUAGGCUCGACGGUCACCAUGAGGAAGGCCCGCGCCAGUGGAUACCUGCCCGGGAUACUGUUGCUCCUGUUCACCGUGAUUACAGGAUGUCUUGGUCUCGAAGUCUCCGAUAUAGAGGGUCCCAGCGUGGUCAUGAACGGUUCGCAGGCCCAGCUCGUCCUGGAUUGCAAGUACGAUUUCACGGAAGAGAAUGAGAAGAACGGGCUGGUUGUCAAGUGGUAUUUUAAGAGAAAGCCCUUCCCAGUCUACCAGUGGAUCCCUCCCAACAAACCUCAGGUUCUUGGUAUUUUGAAAGGGAGACUCAACCUGGACUACGAAGUUUCAGCUGAUGAGUUCUCGAAGCACAGAGCACUAGCCAUCAUCAACCCCACCACGGAGCUCUCAGGGGAGUACACGUGCUGGAUAUCAACCUUCAACAGCGAGCACGUCAAGAGGAAAAUGUUGACUAUUUAUGCGCCUCCUUCGGAAAUGACCCUGACGUACUACAAGCCCCGAAUGGACACUGUGGCAGUCACCUGUAGGGCGGAAGGCGUCUUUCCGGCCCCUGACAUCGCUAUCUUCAGAAGCUCCCCCUCGGUCAGGAAAAACGUGAUCGAGGGCGCCAAGGUGGAGCGGCAAGUCGUCCCGGGCCGUAGUUUGUCCAACAUCACCAUUGAACUGGAGGCUUUCGACUACGACUUGGACGCGGAGAACAUGUUUGAGUGCGUGCUUACCAUCCCCGGCACAGAUUUCAAAAUGCAGAAGGAGAUCCUCUACUUCCCAGAGCCUCCUACUACUACUACCACCACCACCACCACAACAACAACAACUACCACUACUACUCCUCCCACCACCAACCUCUCUGUUCCUUUUGAAGAGGAUGAGGACGUGGAAGUAAAGGCAGAUAAUGAUAACGAUGCCCUUGAGAAUGCAAAGCCACAAGUAGCCGAAAGCGUGACCAGCGGCGCGGGGCGGCAGGUGGUGGGCAGCUUGUUGCUGGUCUCCAUACUCCCAGUCCUCUUCGACUACCUCCGCCACCAUUGAGGAAGAAGAAUGAUGUAACCAAGCUGUGCGUAGACGCGCCUCCACGCCUCCCCUCCUGCUAGAUUCCUGUGGUGGAGAGAACGCCGCUCUUCCCUCCCUCUCCUUCCCUCCAGACGGGUUAGGGUGGCCACCAGCGUCCACCGUCCCCCUCCUUCUUUCCCCGUGUGCAGCCUCCGGGGGAGGGAGGAGGCGGGCGUCAGCUGGCCGGGCAAGGCGUCCUCCUUCAGCAUCUGCGGGAAGGACAAAACAAGGGUUCUCUAUUCUCACCAAAGAGUCUCCUAAAUGUUAUCAAGGACAAGGAAAGUUUAUAUGUAUAUUCACCUCCCAUCCAGACAAUUAAUUAAGUGUAAACAGACGAACACGGCAAACCUUGGUGCCGUCGGUGAUAAAUUGACAGACGUACUGCUGCUCUCACCUCGCCGUCACCCAGGUCAGGAACGUGUGCCAGUGAGUGUCUCGCCUUGAUUUGUACCUGUGUUUGUGCAGCAGUGCAGCAGGCACUCCAUCAGGCCGCGCCGCCACACCGCCGCGGAACGUCUGGCUCAUCUAUGCUCGGUCAGCCCACUCACUGUCUGUGGAAGAAAUGCAUUUUCUUUAUCUGUGUCAAUGCUUAGUUUUUCAAAGCAGUUUUACUCCAUGUCUGCACUGUAAGUGGCCAGGGUUAUGUAAUGACUCCAGAAGUGCUAUGUAGGAUGGAAAAUUAUGUCGACAAUUGUUAGUUCAAGUCGCUUAACACCCGACUAUAAGAUAAUAUACGCUCGUCCACGGUUCAUUUACAUUGUACAUUUACCUACUCGACAAACCAUUAUACGAUAGCACCCAAACUCUGAUAGUUUCCUUGGUUACUGAAAAAAAAAAUUGUAGGUCUUUCGGAAAAGGGUGGUAUCAUUAGUUCACCUUCCUUCCCCAUGCAAGAAACUGUCCCUCUUCAGCAGAAAAGACGAUUCUAUGGAUAAAUUCCAGCUCGUAUUGGACACGGAAUUGCUUACCACUGGGAUGCGCCUGGCCACACAGGAACAAGUCCAACUCGCUAGUGACAAAUGUCGACUCUCACCCACAACUGCCGCGGUGACAAGCGAUAAAAAUUUGAGUCUGCCCUCAAUCGGAUCCCAUUUUCUGUGCCAUCAAUCACGAGACGCAAUCACCGGAAACAAAGAAGAUGGGACGCCUGCCCAGCCCUCCAGGCGGAGUGUCAAAAAAGGCGUGUUCGUUUCUGUUGUCCGCGGCUUCCAUUCUUCUUGCUAUUGGCUUUCUAACAGAGUGAGAAAAAUUACACAUACUUUGUUACUGUGACAUCCACGCCGAUAGAAAACCGCUGCUACGCCUCGCAAUUGAUUUUUUUUAGUCGUAUGAGGCUUUUCAAGGGAUAGUGUCGGGUAGUGCUCGUCUUCGUAAAACUGAUGCGAACGUCAAUUUUUCCUAGGGUCAUGUCACGCCAGGUCAUUUAAGAGACGGAUCAGGUGGUCCUUUUUUCGGAGACCAAUCACACCCAAGCCAAUAGAAGGCCACGGGUCUCCCUGUGAUCACGGCCAUUGGUGGAGAAGAAAGUAUAACGUCAUAAGGUAUGUUGGCGAGGCUUCACCUGGCCAAGGCUCGGCUCACCUGCCCCUAAUGAGCUCUGUGUAAACGAGAUUCGAAACCUACUUAGUGGAGAGAGAGAGAGAGAGAGAGAGAGAGAGAGAGAGAGAGAGAGAGAGAGAGAGAGAGAGAGAGAGAGAGAGAGAGAGAGAGAGAGAGA